AUGGCAGCCUCCGUGGCGGAACCAUUAGUCGAUCUCAUGGUUGCACAAGGAAAGGCCAGCCAGCUCUGGCCCGAACCUCUGGAUACCCCAGGAUUUAUCCCGCGUCAUCUGAAACGCUCUGCGACAGGCCAAUUUCCCAUAUUGGAAGUUAUCCAGCGUCUACUAUAUCGACUCAAGCCAAGCGGCGUCGGCGACCUUGAAAGGAUACUUGCCCUCAUUGGUCUCUAUCAAGCUGUUAGCCCGAUAUACAAGCAUAUGAAGGAUUUGUUCAUAUGGGCUUUCACUGUUCAAGUCACAAUCCCUGAGACCGAUGCAGUAGCUAGAGAGGUUCUGGCAUGGAUGGGCGCGGAGGUGAUACUGAACAGCCACACAAGGAGUGCUAUGCUAGUCACAGGAGGCAUGCAGGACCCGAACGACGAGUUUCAUCGUCGCAUGAUGGCUGCCCGCAACCCUGGAGCUGCAGCGGACAAGUCUGACGAAGAGGUCCUAUGCCUUCCACCGAUCGGUACGCGACUAUUCUGGGUUGGCUUUCGACCCUUCCUAUUCUCUCGUCGGGGUGGAUAUGGCUACCGAAAUACCAGUGGCAUAACGGGUAACAUGGUUGAUGAAAGCGGUCAACUUCAAAACUCUCUUACCAUCAUGACCUUAGGAUGGAGUCUCAAGCCACUUCGGCAGUUUACCAGUCUUUGCCACGACUUCAGGAUCAAAAACCUCACGGGUACCACAACGGUGUAUUUUGCAGGUGAUCGCACGGACCCUUAUGGUAACGGUUGGCAGUCAGUUUCCAAGGCCAUUCGAAGGCUUGACACCAUAGACAUGGAUGAAGACAUCAAGUCAGACCUGGUAAGAGAUGCAGAAUAUUACUACAGCGAGGAGUCACGUUCCUUCUUCGCCGACUGUGGCAUCCCAUACCGGCGCGGGUAUCUCUUCCAUGGCCCUCCGGGCACUGGCAAGAGCUCAUUCAGUGCUGCUUUAGCGGGCCAUCUUAGCUGUGACAUCUACCACAUUAAUCUAUCAACCGGUAACAUCAGCGAUGGAACACUUCACCGCUUGUUCUUGGGUCUUCCACGCAAAUGUGUAGUAGUGUUGGAAGAUAUCGACUCUGCUGGUAUCGGUCGCGAACAAGGACCGGACGAUGGAACGGAAGCACUUAAACAAGCGGAGUCGGCUUUUGCUGAUACUCAUAGUCUUACAGGUGCUGUGGGACCACCACCACAACUUAAGCAUGGCCGCGCUCUCCGGCGCGGCAACACGGUUACACUAAGUGGCUUGCUAAAUGCCAUUGAUGGAAAUGCUUCCCAAGAAGGUAGACUGUUGAUCAUGACCUCUAACGCACCCGACACCUUGGAUGCGGCUCUGACACGUCCCGGUCGCAUCGAUAAGAAAGUCUACUUUGGGAACAUGGACGCCAGUGCUGGCAAGAGCAUUUUCAAGCGCCUGAUUGGUCGAUCUGCUCUAGCUCAUGAUUCGGCCUUUACCGUGGAGCAGAUCGAGCAGUGGGCGACAGACUUUGCCGCUAGAAUGCCGAAUAACACUUUCUCCCCAGCGCAGGUACAAAACUAUCUUCAAGGUUGUCGAGGCGACCCUAUCAAAGCUUUAAACGAUAUUGACGCCUGGAUCGCUGAGAACAAACUCGAAACUGAAACAUCGGAAGAUAGCCAUAACACUACUCAGAACGGCAUGGCCUCCACCGUUUUGGCCAAGGAGGUCCCGGAUGGUAGUGAGUCGAACAAGCCUAUCUUCUCUGGUACUAUAGAUUGA